AGAAACAAAACAAAACAAAAACAAAAAGAAAUGAAAAUUCAGACAAGGCCUGUCCUGGUGGUGGUGGUGGUAAUAAUGGUGUUUAUGAGCUCUUUUAAUGUGGAGGGAGGCGGGAGAGGGAUACACAGCCAAAAUCAGAGACUUCACUAUUUUCAAAAGGGUACAACCGUCAUUCCAUCAGCAAGAGGAGUAGACAACCACCAUAACAUUCCAAGACAAAACUAUGAUAACUGGGGUGGCAAGGGAGGAGACGGUGGUGGCGACGAUGGAACCGGUUAGAAACACACAAGACAAGACAUGACUGAGACAAGGAAGCGCCUAAGACAUGUAUGUCAGUAUGUUUGUAUAUGUAAAGAGUCUGGUGUAGUUUCUGGCAAUUAUUGUGUGCUUUAUGUGAUGUCUCCUAAGUAUAUAUGUGUUACUUUAUAAGAGUGUUUAUAUAUGUUAUAUGAUGUAUAAAUGGCAUUAAAACU